UUUUUCACCUGAGAGAGAAUCUCAGUCUCAGUCUCCGAGGCCACCCUAAGCACUUGCCCUUCUCUUCUCCGCCGCUCUGAAUCCCAUGCUUCACCAUCUCUCUUGCUGUUUCCCUUAGCCUCUCUCCAGCUCUUGCUGUCGGAGAUGGCGUCCUUGGUGGCGUCGGGGCUCCGUCUUCUUCUUCUUCCUCUUCUCGUUGAACUGCUGCUGGGAUCGGUGUUUUUGGUUGUUGAAUCGGUAGUCUCCGGUCCUCACAUUACGGAUUUGAAUGUGCUGCUUCCUCCGCGCAUGACCCAUCCUGUUGAAUAUCGCUUACAAGGAAGCGGUGGCUGCUUUUCUUGGUCAUGGGAUCAUCACGAUAUUUUAUCUGUCCAUCCAGAAUACAACAGCAGUAGUCAAUGCUCAACUAGCGCUAGGUUGAUCUCAAUUUCUCCUUAUAAUGGUAGAAAAGAGACAUCUGUCUAUGCGACUGAUCUUCAGAGUGGAACUGUAAUCCGCUGUGAGGUUUUCAUUGAUAUGAUAUCAAGGAUAAAGAUAUUCCAUCACUCUGUCAAACUUGACCUAGAUGGACUUGCAACAUUGCGUGUUCAUGCCUUUGACGAAGAAGAUAAUGUGUUUUCAUCAUUGGUAGGCUUAAAGUUUGUGUGGCAGCUUCUGCCAAAAUCUCCUGAAACUGAUGGUUUACAUAAUCUGAUUCAUGUGCCACUGAAGGAAACACCAUUGAGUGACUGUCAUGGUUUCUGUGGUGAACUUGAAACUCGAAUAAAGCUGGAAGAUAGUGGUUUAGGUUCAGACUUAUAUGUUGUUAAAGGGGUUGAAAUUGGACAGGAGCUUAUUUCUGCUAGCUUGCGUGAACCUCAACUCGAGCAUGUGGAGGAUAAGAUUGUUUUAACUGUUGCAGAACCUAUGUUCAUUGAUCCUCCAUCACCAGUAUUUGUCACCAUCGGUGCUGUGGUCAAUUAUCAGCUAUGGGUUAUUCGAUUGAAUAAUUUGCGAGUAAUUGAUUUUCCAUCUAAAUAUCAUAGAUGGUCUGUAGUUAACUCCUCGGUGGCUCAAGUUGAUAGGGAAAUGGCAAUUGCUUCUGCACUAAAUCUUGGUAACACAAAUGUUGUUGUUGAAGACACCAGACUUUCUGGGCAUGUGCAGACGUCUUCCUUGCAUGUGGUUAUCCCAGAUAAAAUGAGUCUAUACCUACUGCCCAUCACGAAUGUUUCAAAUCUUGCUGGAAAGAUAGAACUUACUUCCUCUAUUGUCUGGUAUGUUUUCCCUGGUCAAGAAUACAUCAUUCAUGUGAAAGUUGUUUCACAGGGACCUGAUGCAGAAGAGCUAUUUAUCACAGAGGAAAAUGAUCUUAAGAUGGAAAGCGACUCUGAUGAAUAUUGGAAUAUUCGUAGUAUAAUAAAAUACGACGUUCCAAGACCUCUUCGUUUAUGGAAUUCUAGACUUCUCAAACCAACUUCUGAAGGUCAGGGUUUUCUGACUUCUUCUAUAACAUAUCACAGUGGGAGCCUGGAAAUCCCUGAGGUUCUUAAGGUUGAGCAAGAAAUUGUUGUUUGCAACAAAGUCAAAUUCGUCAGUGGGGAUCAAGAUGUGUAUACUCAGAUCAUUCGCCUUCCUUGGGUUCCUGGAAUUUACCAGGAAGUUGAACUAAAGGCAUCUGGAGGUUGUGCUAAAAGCAAGACUGAUUAUAGAUGGUUUUCUUCUGAUCCAGAGACCAUAUCUGUAUCUGCUUCUGGUUCUGUGCAGGCAAAGCUUCCUGGUAAAGCAGUUAUCAAAGUGGUCUCAUCAUUUGAUGCAAUGAACUAUGAUGAGGUGGUUGUUGAAGCUUCCAUUCCGUAUUCCAUGGUUAUCCUACCAUAUUUUCCUGUUGAAGCUGCUAUAGGAAAAAGCCUUCAAGCUGCAGUGACAUUGAAAACAUCUGAUGGGAACUACUACUACAGAUGUGAUGCUUUUGCCUCCGUUGUGAAGUGGAAUAUAAUUUCUGGAGUUGAUUCUUUUAAGGUAGUUAAUACAGCAGGGGUGUCAUGGAACUCAGACAUGUUACCUCAUAUUGAAGGCUACAAUACACUUUAUGGUCCUCCCUGUGCGUGGACACUUCUAUAUGCUUCACAUGCUGGCCGGGCUUUGCUGCAAGCAACUUUAUCUAGCAUGCUGCCAUCCUAUUUUCAUUCUUUUGAUGGACCAUUUAUGUUGAAAGCAACUUCUUCUUUCUCGGCCUACUCUCCCUUUAUGGUUCAUCAAGCUGGAGAUGGAAAUGAGUUUGGUGGUUACUGGGUUGAUUUGACUAAGAGUCACACAAGCUUCAUUGAUUCAAAUUAUUCUGGAAUGGAUCGAUUAUAUCUUGUUCCAGGAUCAGGCAUGGACAUUUUGUUGCUCGGAGGACCUGAGCCGUGGGAUGAAAGCGUGGAGUAUAUUGAUUCAGUUGAAAUUCAUGGUGACCAAGAUCACUCAAUGAGCGAUGGUCUUCUUUUGGAGCAGAUAUCUAGCAGUUCUGGAAGACUAUACAGAGUUGUAUGCCUGGCGUUGGGAAGUUUUAAUCUGUUAUUUACCCGUGGAAAUCUUGUCAGUGAUGACCAUCCUUUGCCAACUUUAGCAAACCUGCAAUUGGCUGUUGUAUGUAGUUUGCCUUCAUCUAUCACAUUGCUGGCUAAUGAACCUGUAAACACGCCUGAAGUCAUAAUGGCUGCAAAUAAAGCUGAUCGUGGCCCUGGGAGAGUUCGUGGUCCUGUUGUUGUUGCCAAUGGAUGUACAAUACGAGUGGCUGCUGUAGGUAUUCAUGUGACUAAUAGAGCUUUUGCUAACUCUUCAUCUCUUCGCUUGAAUUGGGAACUGAGUGGUUGUGAGGGACUUGCCCAUUUGGAUGAGACCAUCAGCUUACCAAGUCCUGGAGCUGGUUGGGAGAGGUUUUUGGUUCUAAAUAAUAUGUCUGGGAAGUGUAUCGUGCGGGCUACAGUGGUUGGAUUUUCUGAAGUGAUAGCUGACCAUCUCCUUGAAGAAGCAGAGAUGCUACUUAAAAGCACGGAAGAUGUUCUCACUGAUGCUGUUCGUUUGCAGCUAGUUUCUUCCUUGCGGUUAGUCCCAGAAUUCAUCUUAUUAGUUUUUGAUCCUGAAGCUAAGGUAAAUCUAUAUGUUACAGGAGGGACAUGUUUUUUGGAUGCUGAGACAAACAAUACACAAGUCAUACAAAUAAUCCAACCUACGGAGGACUCAAUGUGCUCAUAUUUGACAGUUGGUGCUAGAGGUUUGGGAGUAGCCCUUGUUACUGUUGUUGAUAAGGGCCUUUCUCCUCCUUCUAGUGCUUCUGCUUCGGUUAAAGUGGCAAAUGUUGAAUGGAUCAAAAUAAUUUCUGAGGAAGAGAUCAGCCUUGUGGAAGGGGCUGUGGAAACUUUUAACAUCUUAUCUGGGACACAUGAUGGUGAUAUCUUUGACUCAUCUCAGUACGUUUACAUGAAUAUUCAUGUUCACAUUGAGGAUGGCAUACUUGAUGUUGUCAAUGGGAGUCUUUCUUCAAGCAUUGGCAGUUGGAUUAUCUACAGAUCUAACUUUUCAGUUAGAGCUUUGGAUGUUGGUACUACAACACUUUAUGUCAGUGCGAGACAGCAGUCUGGAUUUGAAAUAUUUAGUCAACGUAUUAAGUUGGAGGUCUAUAGACCACUAAAAAUGCAUCCUGGAUAUAUUUACCUCACUCCUGGUGCUUCUUACACGCUCACUUUAGAAGGCGGCCCAAAGAGUAGAGGUUUUGUCAAAUAUGAUAGCAAGAAUAUUGACACUGCAAUAGUCCAGAGUUCUUCAGGAAAGGUUUCUGCGAUUUCUGUUGGGAAUUCUAUUGUCCAUGCAUCUAUCUUUGGAAAUGGAGGUACCUUCAUUUGUGAGGCAUAUGGGCAAGUAGAAGUGGGUAUUCCUUCAGCAUUUUCUUUGAAUUUGCAGAGUGAUCAGCUAUGUGUUGGUUGUGGAAUGCCAAUUUUUCCAACCUUUCGUGAGGGAAACUUGUUUUCAUUCUAUGAGAUAUGUAAGGAUUAUAAGUGGACCAUAGAGGAUGAGAAAGUACUCAGCUUCCAAAGGACUAGACAAUUACAUGCUGAUAUGUCUGACGCUCCAUUCCCUAAUUCAGAAGUUGAAGUAAAUCCAUCGUUUUCAAAUGGAAACAGUCUUGGAUUCAUAAAAGAAAUCUUUGGCCGAUCUGCUGGCCGAACGAGGAUUUCUGUUUCAUUUUCUUGUGAGUUUGUAUUAUCUGGUACUCCACAUCGGGUAUCCUAUAAUGCGUCUGAGUUUUUAAGGGUGGUACCUGAUCCACCUCUUGCUCUUGGAAUACCAGUAACUUGGAUCCUACCACCAUUUUAUACCGCAUUAGAUCUUCUGCCAGCAUCUUCAGACUCAUCUGGUGUGGUAGACUCCCCUAAUUAUGGAGGUAAUUUUGUUUACUCUGUACUGAAGGCAUGCGGGCAGACUGACCUUUCAGGGCAAGAUGCUUUAGUUAUUGAUGGAAAUGACAUUACAACAAAAGAAAGCAACACCCUUGCUUGUAUCCAGGCCAAGGACAAGGCAACAGGAAGAACUGAAAUUGCAUCCUGUGUGAGGGUUGCUGAGGUGGCUCAAGUAAGAUUGAGCACUGCAAAAUCUUCUCUCAAUGUUCUUUAUCUUCCUCUGCAAGCUAAAGUUAAAUUGGUUAUAAGAUAUACAGAUUCUUUGGGAUAUACCUUCUAUGAAGCACAUGAAGUUGUGCCACUGGACAUUGAGACAAAUUAUCCGGAUAUUUUGUCCAUUUUAAUGCCAAAUGCUGAGGAUGAUGCAGAAAAUGUUGUUCUACAGGCUAAGAAUCCUGGCAGUGCUCUUGUAAGAAUUUCCAUGAAGCAUAACCCAAAGGCAGUUGAUUACAUCUUGGUCUCAGUUGGUGCACAGGUAUUUCCUCAGAAUCCUGUUCUUCGUGUUGGGCAUCAUCUGAACUUCAGUAUAAUUGGAGAUGGAGCUAGUGGUCCUGUUUCAGGCUGUUGGUCAAGUGCCAACAGAAGCAUUUUACAUAUUGAUAGAAAGUCUGGAGAAGCACAUGCUCUUGGUGAAGGUGUUGUUGAAGUAAUUUUUGAAGCUCCAAACUACAAUUUGCAAACAACAGUUACUGUGCUGAAGAUGGGCCAAAUAGUCGUAGAGGCCCCAGCAGAGACCCUUACUAAUGUCCCAUAUCCAUCCAAAGGCUACAGGUUUCCUGUUAGACUUAGUGAUCUACCGGGCAAGUUGGAAGCUGCUAAGAAUCCUGUUGAAGCUCCAUAUACUUGUAGGAUCAAUCCACUGUUUGUUGGAUUUGCAAAACCAUGGAUUGAUCAUGCUACUGGUAGUUCCUAUUGCCACUUUUUCCCAUAUUCACCCAAGAAGCUCCAAAGUUCUAUAUCCAAGUCAGACGAUAGCUCAAGUGAAGGAUUUCUUUACAUAUCCAUCACUGCUUCACUGAAAGAGAACCCCCAUAUAGCCGGAUCUGCUCAUGCUCUUUUUGUUGGGGGCUUCUCUAUCUUGGAAGUAGGGAAGUUAAAUUUGACACCAAGCUCCAACAGAAGUCUUAUAACUAUCAUGGGGAAUACAGAUGUGGAGAUUUACUGGAACGCUAAAGAUCAUUUACUGGUUAGGCCACUCAAAAGAGAUGGUUUUGGUAUUGGAGGACAUGUUCAGUAUGAAGUCAAAGUUCUGAUAGACCAACAAUUUUCUGAUAAGCUAACAGUAUUGCUUCCAGCUACAGGUCAAACAGCGGAUAUCGACAUCAGCUAUGAAAGUAGCAGAAGACCUACAUCUUCGGGAACGAGGCUUACUUGGGCCGCAGUUUUUUUAUGUGUAAUCAUUUUGUUGAUCACCAUUGUUAUCUUCAUAAAGCUUCUGGACAGACCAAGCAUAUCCUCAUCUGCAAGGCUUACAAGACCUACAAGACAAGGUGGAGUCAUCCCAUCACCCGCCACACCGAACCAGACCUCUCCUGACAGCAUCCGGGCGUCUCCGCGCACUCCUCAGCCGCUUGCAGAGUAUGCAAGGCAAACACUAGACCAAACUCCGUACUACAAGAGAGACGGGCGACGGAGAUUUGAUCCUCAGUAUACCUACUAACUCUUUCUAAACCUGCAGGGAAAACUUUUGUUGUAAGAGAUUAGUUAGGAUUAGUAAUUAUCGUAUUCCUCGGGUUUAGAAGUACGAAGUUUGAGUGACUACAAAAAGAAAACAGAUCAUACCAUUUUGUAUUUGUAACAAAUCACUUAUUUCGGAUGUAAUGUGCACAAAGAGACGCUGAUCGAUCAUUGUUGCUCUUCAGGAGAUGAUAUGACAAUGUUAAUUGUUCUUCUUCAGGAGAUUAUAUGAGAAGUAGUGGAUUUCUAAGGUUGAUAAAA